UUUUGCUCUUUCUGAAACUAUAUUUAACAUUGUAACUUAUAUCCAAUGGCAACCGUGUGGACUGUUAGCUCAAUACUGCCUCUUCAACACUUAGUGUUGUGGAUGCAUUUACCAUUCUCUUCUAGAUAAUAUUAUUCUGAAUCGUAGAAUCUCCUGUGCUGUAUUAAUUGGGUUUAUUCAGUAAAUGGGUUUUCACUUUUCAGAGUUAUGCUUGUGGAGGAAGAUGGGGAAGUUGCUUUCAUAUGAGAAAGUGUUAAUAUUUUCUGAGCUGUUGCUGAGCUUCUGACACUAGGGUUUAUUCUCUGCAGUUUAGUAUCUAAAGUCUAUGGGUAAGAAGCGGAAACACAGUGAGGUAGCGGCUUCAGAACCUAAGAAGAAAGAUGAAGCUGCUCCAGAGAGACCCAAACGGACCCUUGUGGGAUGGAAGAACAAGGUUGAAGAGAAAGAAACUGAUUCUCUAGUUUUUAGGAACAAAGAGAAGGUGUUGGUGACAUGUUCUCGUCGCAUCAUUUACAGGUACCGGCACCUGAUGUUGAAUCUGGUGUCACUCUUGCCUCAUUGCAAGAAAGAUAACAAGGUUGAGUCCAAAGAGAGCAAAGGGGCCACUCUGAAUGAACUUGUUGAGCUGAAAAACUGCUCCGCCUGCUUGUUUUUUGAGUGCAGAAAACAGAAAGAUCUUUACCUCUGGAUGGCCAAGUGUCCUAAUGGACCAUCUGUAAAAUUUUUGGUUAAUGCUGUGCACACGAUGGAAGAAUUGAAGCUUACUGGAAAUCAUCUUAAAGGUUCACGGCCAAUUUUGACCUUCUCGUCUAAUUUUGAUAAAGAUCCUCACUGGAAGCUUUUGAAAGAGCUGAUCUUGCAGAUAUUUGGAAUACCAAAGGAGCACAGGAAAUCCAAACCUUAUCAUGACCAUGUUUUUGUUUUCUCCAUUGUUGAUGAUCACAUAUGGUUCCGGAAUUACCAGAUUACUGUACCUCAUAACGAAACGGAUAAAAUGGACCGGGGUGGUCUUGACAAAAUGACCCUUGUUGAGGUUGGUCCAAGGUUUUGUUUAAAUCCCAUCAAGAUAUUUGGUGGCAGCUUUGGAGGUCCCACACUAUAUGAGAACCCCUUUUACGUAUCUCCAAACCAGAUUCGAGCGUUGGAAAAGAAGAAAAAGGCUGGCAAGUACGCAAAGAAAGUGAAGGCCAAGACAAGGAGGAAGAUGCAUGAGCUGUCAAAUCCAUUGGAGCCUGAUGAAUUUGCAGACCUAUGGAAGGGUUGAUGGAACAACCGAUGGAAGAGCAUGUGGUGGCUCAAUAUGAACCAGAAUCAUUCCAAUUCAGAUUUACCCAAUAUGCAAUAUAUGCAGAUUUUGACAUAAAGUUUUGCAGUUUUCCCCCCUCACCAAGCCAGUGGUUUCUUAAUAUGAUCAAAUAGCAACAAUUUUAAAGAAAAACUUUGUAAGGAAAUGAAGGUGCUAUUUGUUGGAUCAAUCAGUUGUCUUGAUACUUAA